ACAAGAAAUAGUAGUCGUUCACAAACACAGAUAUUAGACUUCACACACCAUUGUCUAAAGUUCAUGAAAUUGUGCGGCAUUGCCGGCUAAUACAACUCACUUGUCUAGUACAUACGCCAAGAAGAUUGCAUAAAAGCCAGCACCAAUAAAAUGGCAAAUACUCUAAGACGUUCGGCCUUUCUAAUUACUAAGAGGCAGAAGUUUGCUGCAGCAACUUCUUUUAGGCAAAGUAGUAGUGACUCGGAGAAGAAUAUAGUGAAGUCACCAUUUAAAAGUGUUCCUGAAAAUAAUUAUACAGUCAAUGACUUUGUAUGGCUGAAUUUGGACAGGUGGCCUGAUAAAACUGCUAUGGUAUGCGCAGUAACCGGCCGAGGGUACACGUAUGCGCAAACGCACAAGAUGACGACGACGUUCGCGGCGUCUCUCCGAACCAAGUUGAAGUUGAAGGACAAUGACAAAGUGGCUGUUAUUCUACCCAACAUACCCGAGUACCCUAGUGCCUUGCUGGGCAUAUUGCAAGCUGGCUGCAUUGCUAGUAUGAUGAACCCUAUUUAUACUGCUGACGAACUGCAACGCCAGCUAGAGCUGAUCGACUGCAAUGCAGUGGUAGCUUCAAAGAUAUCCUACCCUAACAUCAAGGCAGCUUUGGACGCACUACAGAAGAAAAUACCAAUCAUAUUAACAGACAAAGAAGCUCUACCAGAAGGCACUAUUAAAUUCUCUGAAUUGGCACAAGAUGAGCACAUUAAUACUGAUUGUCUAAAGUCAGUCAAGAGACGUCCUGACGAUGUUGCUGUCUUGCCGUUCUCAAGUGGGACUACAGGAUUUCCAAAAGGCGUAGUGUUGACACACAGUAGUGUCGUUGCUGCCAAUUUCUGCAUAUCCGAUCCUGAUAUUAUUGCUAUUAAGGAAACUACUGCGAACUACCAGUCAGUGCUGCCUGCGAUCCUGCCCUUCUUCCACAUCUUCGGGUUUAACGCGCUGAUGCUGAACCAAAUGCACCUGGGCUGCAAACUCGUCUCCAUGCCAUACUUCAAGCCAGAGCUGUUCCUUCAGACUAUUGCGGGGCAUAAAGCAAAUGUGCUGUUCAUUGUUCCUCCGAUGGUGUUGUUCCUGGGGAAGCACCCGGCAGUGACUCCUGCGCACUUGGAGUCUGUGCACGGCAUCAUAUGCGGCGCCGCGCCUUGCUCGGAGGACGACGCCGCGGCUGUCAUUAAUAAAAACAAAAACAUAUCAUUCCGUCAAGGGUACGGGCUGACGGAGACGAACGCCGCGAUCUCAGUGGGCCACAAGAAUGACACGGUGCAUUCAGCGGUCGGACAUGUGAUGGGCAGCAACGAGCUCAAGAUUGUUGACAUAGACACUCAGCAGGCACUGCCAGCCGGACAGGAGGGCGAGAUCUGGUUCCGCGGGCCGCUCCUCAUGUCAGGAUACUUUAAGAACGAGGAGGCGACGAGAGAAGUCAUGCAGGACGGUUGGUUCAAGACUGGGGACAUCGGGAAGGUCGACGACACCGGACGGCUGUACGUCACUGAGAGACUGAAAGAGCUUAUUAAGGUAAAGGGUUUCCAAGUAGCUCCAGCUGAGUUAGAAACAGUGAUCAGAACCCAUCCAACGAUACUCGACUGUGCGGUCUUAGGUGUACCUGACCCCAUCAAUGGCGAAGCCCCAAAAGCAUUCGUGGUCCCAAAGCCAGGACAAAAACUUGACAUCAAGGAAGUCCUAGACUUUGUCAAUAAAAAAGUUGCUGAAUUCAAAAAGGUAAAAGAGGUCCAAAUCGUCGAGGAAAUUCCCAAAAGUGUGGCGGGGAAGAUCCUAAGAAAGGAUUUGAAGGCGAAGUAUUGUUAGUAUUGACUGGUUUUAAGUGUUCCUAUGCUGCGAAAUAUGCGAUUGGGUUUACAAGGGAUUAAGUUUGAACAAUGUGGUUAACCCAUAACAUGGUAUACAUCAAAAACUUGCAAUGUUGAACUUUACCUGUGGUUCUGAUUCUGUUAACUCAGAUUUAAUUUAGAAUACCCUUUAUAUUGUAACAUGAUUAGAGAGACAUGUCUCUCGUCUCUUUCGUACUAAGCUGUAUACCGUUAGUGCGAAAGAGAUAUCUCCCGUCUCUUUUGUACUAAGCUGUAUCUCUUCUCGCGGGAAAACGGUUGGACACGUGACAUUUUACCCAGUGAUGUCGCAUUUCAACAAACAAAGACUGUCAAACAAUAUAACUAGAAACCUGACAGAUAGUUUUUGUUUGUUUUGUGAAAUAUGACGUCACACGAAGCUCAAUGUGUGUUUCGAGUCUUGUAAUACACAGAUAAAAAAUCGCAUUCUUAUUUUGAAUAAAUAAAAUAUUUUGAAAUGAUCUUAAUAAAAAAGAACUAUUGGAUAAUUAUCGUUAAAUUUUAAAAGGCAUCUGGGCCUUAGGACCAUGUAUUGUUUAUAGUUCUUUAAGUCUUAUUUUAUUUAAGUUAUAUAUGAGUUAAAUUAAAAAUAAUUAAAAUACAGUUUCAAAUUACAAAAAGUCAAAUAAUCCAACUUAAAAUUACUUAACCUAGAACCCACUCCGUGUCAAACCUGGCCCAAAAGUGCCCAUGACACUAGCAGCGUUACCGCGCUGGAUUGCCACGGACAACCUCUGAGCCAAAUAAUAUCGUUAAAUAAUAAACUACCAUAUCCGACAUAUUUCAUUUUUGUUACAAUUGUCAAGUUGUCAGUAAACAAUUAUUAGUGAACCAUUUUCUAUAAACGCUCAUAUCUAGAAUAUUACUAAACUUAAUGUAUUUUUUAAGGUCUUCCUCUAGUUUUAAAAUUCUUUACAAUGAAGCACUUUCCAGGGUACGUUCACCAAAAUCGAUAUAGAUGGCGUUGUACGUACAGCUUUAAUGUGAUAAUUACCUUUUCACAUUACUCGGUUACAUCAUUAUUCCAAAAUUUAAUGUAAUGGCAGAAGCAUAUAUAAAAAUAAUUGUUGCUUAAUAUUUGGAUCACAUCAUGUAUAGAAUUAUGUUGCUACCUAUGUUGCUUCUCUCUUGAAGAUGUAAUUGUGCCUGGUGUUAAAAUGUGUGUGGACUGAUUAUUUCACCACUCGCAAACUGUAUUAAAAGAAACGCUGAUUGUUUUGCCACUUCAUAUAUAAUUCGGUUUUAGUAGAAAUGCCAGGGUUGAUGCGGUUGGUAAUCCACCUCACAACCCACACGAUAGAAGAAGAAGAAGUAGAAAUUAUAAAGGUUACAAACACGUCCGACAAUAAGAGAAGUUCGAUGAAUACAAAAUUUAAUUUAAAAUUAGUAAAGAAUGAAUAUUUUUUCUAUAACCUUUUUUUUAAAAGGUAUUUUUAUGUUGCAAAUGUCAACACCAGGGUGUAAUAAAAAAGGUCAUCAUUUGUAUCCAAAAUCAAAGUUAAAAGAUGCAUAAUGUCUGUUAUCUAUCAAAUUAAAAGGUUAAACUAAGGGAAAUCUGUACAGCACCAUCUGUUGUAUUUGGGGAACUUACCCUGGAAAAUCUCUCAAUUAUAUCACAAUGUUGUAUUGUGCGUUUGUUACAUAAAUGUUUUAUUUUAUGCUUUCGGUAUAAGAAUUGUUAUCGACCAAUUUUACACAAAUAUUAUUACUAUAUAAGCUAACUUUAUAUUUACGAUAAGACAUCAAACUUAUAUAGACUUAUAUUGUGUUUCAUAUGACCUUAUUGUAUUUGUAUAUUAAUAAAUAUUAGGUAUUAUGUAAAUGUUGAUAAUCAUGAUAACCUCAGAACAGAAAUGAUAUCAAAUAUAGGUUACCACUCCUAAGAUAAUCGAUUUUUGAUAUAAGUAACAUUUCUAAGGUACUUAAUUACCUAAGAGACGAAUAAUCCGAAGAAAAUCAAUAUAAUUUAUCGUCUAACAGUAGCCAACCCAGAAAUCGAAGUGGAAACUUUACGAACAGUUCUGUUGACUGAGUUAAUAUGCCAAUAAUAUUGCCAAAAUUGACUGAACAAGUAAGAAUCAAUUAAACUCGCGACAGCGAACAAUAUUAAGCAGUAUUGAUGGAAUGUGUGGUUAUACCUAAAAAAAAUCAUCAAUUGAAGAGCCACGCUCUUGUCGGUGUAGCAUUUUCCUUUCCUGUCUAUCAAAGGCCAAUUCCUUGACUUCCCUAUAAGAC